AUGGAGGCUACAGAACCGGAGCCGAGUCUAAACUCAGCCUAUCUCCCCUCUGCUUUUGUGGACCAUGACUCCUCGGAGGACACCUCGGACCAUAGUGCCUUGCUGCCCAAUCACUCGUCUGUCCCUUUGCCCGUGCGCCACAACCCCAAAGACUCCUAUAAUUUAGUCUACCUCAUCUUCUUCCUUAUGGGCAUCGGCUCCUUGUUGCCCUGGAACUUCUUUAUAACAGCAAAACACUACUGGCUCUACAAAUUCAGUAACCACAGCCUCACCAAUAAACCAGGCGAGGAGCGCUCCGACCUCGGGGACUAUUUUGAAAGCUAUCUGGCCAUCGCUUCAACAAUUCCCUCUGUCCUGUGCUUGAUACUCAACUAUUUCCUUGUGAACAGGUUAUCGCCGAGAGCGCGUAUCCUGUCCUCUCUGCUUGUGAUCCUGCUGGUUUUUGUUGUGACCACGGUUCUGGUGAAGGUGGACAUGUCCAGCUGCACCAUGGAGUUCUUCGUGGGGACGUUAGUGAGUGUGGCCAUCGUCAGCGGAGCCUCAAACAUCUUCUCCGGCAGCGUCUUCGGCAUCACGGGGUACUUCCCCAUGAGGAUCUCCCAGGCUCUCAUCUCAGGCCAGGCUAUGGGAGGGACUCUGAGCGCUGUAGCGGCAAUAAUCGACCUCGCAGCUGCUAAAGAUGUGACCGACAGUGCCUUGGCCUAUUUCCUCACUGCAGACGUCCUCAUCCUUCUCUGCAUUGCCACCUACCUCCUGCUGCCCAAACUGGAAUACUCCAGACACUACAUGUUGGCCGCUGAGUGCUCCAGUUCUGUGGUCAUCAACGAGGCCAGGGGCAGAGCUAAAGUGUCCACUCCGCCGCUGCAGCCCAUCCUCAGAAAGACCUGGGUCCUGGGCCUGUCAGUCUUCCAUGUCUUCUGCAUCUCCAUCAUGGUCUUUCCUGCCAUCUCCUCCGGGAUCGAGUCCAUGCACAAGGACAGUGGCAGUGCCUGGACCUCCACAUUCUUCACACCACUCACCAGUUUUCUCCUCUAUAACGUUGCAGACUUUUGUGGGAGGCAGGCGACCGCUUGGCUUCAGGUGCCAGGUCCCACCAGUCGAGUUUUACCUGCACUGGUUCUGUGCCGCUCAGCUCUGGUGCCACUCUUAAUGUUCUGUAACUACCAGCCAAGGGACCACCUGCACACUGUGUUGUUCACACAUGACGUAUACCCUAUAGUCUUCAACUGCCUCCUGGGGCUCUCCAACGGUUACCUUGGCACGUUACCAAUGAUCUAUGGGCCUAAAGUUGUGUCGCGAGACUUGGCAGAGGCCACUGGAGUCGUGAUGUCCUUCUUUCUCACGUUGGGACUAGCGUUUGGAUCUGCCUUCUCUGUGCUCAUCGUGCACUGCAUUUGA